AUGACUGACCGGACAAUAGCAUCCCGUCCAAGUUUGGAGCAGGUGGUUGCUAUAAUUGAUUUCAUGGAGAACCAUCCAGCCUUGGGUCUCGGUCAGCUCAAGGGACUCGAAGGACGCAGUCAAAGCAAGAAAUUAUGGUUCAAAUUAACCAGAAUUGUUAAUACUAUGAAUGGACCAACUAGACCCAUGAAAUCUUGGGUUAAGUACUGGGCAGAUAAAAAAUCUACUGUAAGAGCCAAAGUACUUUCUAGUGGCGGUGAUCCAAAUCAUCUGACGUCUAACAUAGAAAAAAGGAUAUGGGAUUUGUUUCUCUCGAAGGAUGAAAACAAAGCUCGAAGUUCAGUGAAAUUGGAGUCACAAUAUGUGGAUGGAACCGAGUAUGAUGAUGAAGUGGAAGAUAAUAAUGACCAUGACACAUCAAUGAGCUUUGAAGAGCCCAUCGAUUUUGAAGAACGACAAAUGGUUGUUCUUGAAAAAUUGGUGAAAGUUAUGAGUUCACAAGCGGAAGCAUUAAACCAAGCAUCGCAAGCGGCGGUUGCUCACGCGCAAGCUAUGGAAAAACUUGCUGAAGCUUCUGACAUACAGGCAAGAGCAAUAGAUCGUCUAGCAAAUACAUUUACUACUAUGUCAGGUGUGACGCACGAGGUUAGAGAUGCGAUUGUUGACAUUGACGCAUCCUUAAAGAGGUUAUACACAGCGCCCACUUAG